AUGCCCUCCGCAGAACCCUCCUUCCAAACCGCCCUCCUCGCGGGCGGCCUCGCCGGCACGACAGUCGACCUCUCCCUCUUCCCCCUCGACACCUUAAAGACCCGCCUCCAGUCCUCGGCCGGCUUCUUCCCCUCCGGCGGCUUCUCGGGCAUCUACCGCGGCAUCGGCUCCGCCGUCGUGGGCUCCGCGCCGGGCGCAGCCUUCUUCUUCUGCACCUACGAGUCCGUCAAGUCCGUCCUCGCCCGCCGCACAAGCCUAAGCGGGGACAGCCCCCUCGUGCACAUGCUCGCGGGAUCCGCGGGGGAGGUUGCAGCUUGCGCCGUCCGCGUGCCUACAGAGGUGGUCAAGCAGCGCGCGCAGGCGGGGUUGCACGGCGGUUCGAGCCGGGCGGCCCUCGCUGCCAUCCUGGGGCGGUAUCACUCUAGCGGGGGUUUGGUCGCCGUCUGGCGAGAGAUGUACCGAGGGUGGGGGAUCACCGUCUUCCGCGAGGUGCCCUUCACCAUGAUCCAGUUCCCGCUGUGGGAGGCCAUGAAGGCGUGGGGGAGGAGGCGGCGGCAGCACGGCGGCACAGGUGAGGGUAGGGGUGGUGGGCUCACAGACGUCCCGGCCCUGGAGAGCGCGCUGUACGGGAGCAUCGCGGGGGGUAUAUCGGCGGCCCUGACGACGCCGCUGGACGUUCUCAAGACGCGGGUCAUGCUCUCCGAGCAGCGUGUGUCGGUCUCCCAGGUCUUCUCGCAGAUUGCGCGGAAUGAGGGCGUGCGGCCGUUCUUCGCCGGCGUGGUGCCCCGAGUAACCUGGAUCUCGAUCGGUGGCGCCAUCUUCCUGGGAAGUUAUCAAUGGGUAAUAAAUACCAUGACGACUGUGUUAUGA